AUGGCCGCUCGAAUUCCCGCCAGCAAGGUCCCGGCCAUGUUUGCCCGCCGCCAGCCGCGCGUUGUCCAGAUCACCAAGCGCAUGCAAUCUUCCUCCGCCCCUCAAUUCCAUAAUCCCGCCUACCCUCUCUACCCCUCCGUCAGCCAGCUCCUGCACCAACAGAACAUCCCGGUGUCAGAAGUCUCCAAGAUCCCGGCCUCAGGACCUAAGGGCCGCCUUCUUAAGGGUGAUGUCCUCGCAUACAUCGGUCAAAUCGCUACCGAGUACCCGGCCACACAAGCCGCACAGCUCGCCAAGCUGGCCCACCUGGACCUGAGCAACAUCAAGAUCGCAGCACCUCCCGCAGCGCCGGCCGCAGAGCCAGUUAAAGAAGAAAUUAUUGCCAAGCCGCCACCAAUGACCUCAAUCGCAAUCUCCGUUUCUCUUGCGGCCGUCUUGUCCGCACAGAAGAAGAUCCAGGAUAACCUAGGGGUAACUGUGCCUCUCUCUCGUUUCUUGGCCGUGGCCACUGAUCUUGCCAACGAUGAUCUGCCCCGCGCGAAGACCGACAAGCCUUCCGUUGAUGAGCUGUUUGAGGAGGUUCUCGGUGCGGAGCCUGUGACUAUCUCGCGCGGCGAUUAUAUUCCCGAGUUGAAUGCGUACGAGGCUACCCCGGCACCGCGCCAGACAGUCUCUGUUGCUGAGGAUAUCAUUGAUAUCCUGAGUGCCAAGCCCGGUAAGAAGGUUUCUUCCCCGGUGGCAUAUGACGUUGAGAGCUCUGCUGGUGCCUCCAACGUUUUCAGCUUAAUUGUUCCGGUUGGCGAGGAGGUUCGCGCCAAGGCGUUCUUGGAGCGUAUUAAGACCCUUUUGCAGGUCGAGCCUGCACGCCUGGUCCUUUAA